AUUUAAAUGACAAUUAAUAUCUGGGUGGGAAUAGAAAAGUAUAAAAUCAAUAUUUGGAAAUUUUUAGUGAAUAAAAAACUUUAUUCUUGAUUUGAGUACAAGUUCCUAUUAAUUUAAUUAUAAUAACUUAUGGGUGCUUGUUCAGGAAAGCGACCUUAAAAUAAUUCAGUUUCUAAGAACUAGUAGAACUAAUAAGAUGUAGAUGAUAGAAUACCUUAAAAAUAUCAAACAAAUGAUAGUAUGAAUGAAAUUUGAAAUAUAGUAUAAUAAGACAUUGGACAAUUAAUAAUAACAAGUGAGAAGUUGGGUAGAAUCACAAAAGAUUAUACACUUUUGAAUCCUCCUUUGGGAAGUGGUAUAUACAUUUAUUGAUUUUAAAUAAAGGGGCUUAUGGAGAAGUAAGAAAAGCAAUUCAUAAAAGUACUAAUCUUUUGAAAGCUGUUAAAAUAAUUCAUAAAUCAUAAACAAGUAAAGAAGAAUAAGAAAGAUUAAUGAAUGAAGUUAAAAUGCUGUAAAAAUUAGUAUGAUUAAUAUGUAAUAACAAAGGAUCAUCCGAAUAUUAUAAAGAUAUAUGAAUUUUAUUAAGAUGACAGAUUCUUCUAUAUCGUAACAGAAUUAUGUACUGGAGGAGAAUUAUUUGAUAAAAUUAAAUCAGAAGGUAGUUUUUCUGAAAAGAAAGCAGCUGAAAUAAUGAGACAAAUAUUAUCUGCAGUUAAUUAUUGUCAUGAUGAAAAGAUUGUUCAUAGGUAAUUUAAAUUAUUAUAUUAUAAUAGAGAUCUUAAACCUGAGAAUCUGUUAUAUGAAUCAGAAAAGAAUAAUUCUUAACUUAAAAUUAUUGAUUUUGGUACUUCAAAGGAAUUUACUCCAAAUUAGAAAUUGAAUUAAAAAUUAGGAACUCCAUAUUAUAUUGCACCUGAAGUGUUGAAGAAAAAAUAUGAUGAAAAAUGUGAUAUUUGGUCUUGUGGUGUAAUUUUAUAUAUUCUUUUAUGUGGGUAAAACAAUUAUAAUAAAAAUAUUAAGAUAUCCUCCAUUUGAUGGAAAAACUGAAGAUAAAAUUAUGGAGAAAGUUUCAAAAGGAGUAUAUUCAUUUGAAAAAUAAGAAUGGGAAGAUGUAUCUAAAGAAGCUAAAGAUUUCAUAAAAAAACUGUUAUAAUUAGAUCCAAGUAGUGAAGUCUUAUAGUUUUUUUAGGUAAAAGAUUGAGUGCUCACCAAGCCUUAUUAGAUCCUUGGAUUAAAAAGUAUAACAAUCCACUUGAAUUCGAUAAACCACUUAUGACUAAAGUAUUGACUAAUAUGAAAAAAUUCACUGCUCAACAAAAAUUAUAAGAAGCUGUUUUUAAAUUUAUUGUGAAUCAAUUAGCUACUAAAGAUGAGAAAGCAGAAUUAUUAAAAACAUUUUAAUGUUUAGAUACUAAUUAAGAUGGUAAAUUAAGUAAAGAAGAAUUAUUGGCUGGAUACUCAAAGAUUAUGAAACCUAUAGAAGCUGUAGAAGAAGUUAAUAGGAUAUUUUAAUAAGUUGAUAAAAAUAAUUCUGGAUCCAUUGAUUAUACUGGUAUCUUCUGUUAUCAAUAAAUUUAGAAUUUGUUAUUGCCACUAUUGAUAGAUAAUAAUUACUUUCUAAAUAGAGACUUUAAAUGACUUUUAGAAUGUUCGAUAAAGUAAAAUAUUCUAUCAUAUAGGAUAAAAGUGGUUUGAUUAGUGUAAAUGAAUUGAAAGAAAUAUUUAGUGGUAUCUCAGAAGAUAUGUG